CAACAUGCACAUGGAAGUAAGACCUGCAAGUUACAGUCAGAUUGUCGUGCGACGGGAAAGUAACGCUGAGACACGACAAUCUUAAUGAAAAUAUGUACAUUAGUAUUUAGGCAACAAGAGUUCCGGCACAAAGUUGGUCGCCUAGUUAGGGCUUGAGAUUGGCGCGAGAUUUCAGCUAUUCUUCUGUUUUCGCAGAUCUGGAAGCUACCCGAACAUUGGCUGUUUGCAGUUGAUGAUAUGGAAGGUGAAGACGACCUGGACAUUUUGACUGCCCUCCUGGUGGAGAACGAGGAGGAGAUGGAGGGGUCGGGUCAUGCUGAAGGGCUGGAUGGGGGGGACGACCUAGACGACCUGUUUGAUAACGAUGAUGAGGAAGACUAUGACGAAGGGCUUGAUGAAGAGGCUGGUGGAACUGCACUGCAUGACACCUCUGCGCUGUUCGGAGAUGUGGAAGAUCUGGAGGAAGAGGAUGAGGAAGACGAAGAGCGAUCCAGUGGGCCAAGCUGCUCCUUGUCUGGGAAAACUAAGGACAGAUUGGACAAAUCCAAAGAGGAUCUAGAAGCCGAGCUGAAGCACAUGCAGGAGCAGAUGCAGCUGCUGCAGGAGCGGCUCGAGGCCACGCAGACGACCGCCCCCCCACGAGCCCCCCCUCCUCCCCCCAAACGCUCCACACAGCCAGCUCCGCUACUGAAAAACACCAAGAGGACCGCCCACCAACACAAACCCUCUGCUGACGAAGACUUGGAGAACAGCCCAGUGGGGCCACGUGUGUGUGACAGCUUCUCUCCACCUCAGAGAACCAAUAGUAAACUCAACAGCAAGCUGAAGUCCCCGCCUCCAACAGCCCUUCCACAACAGGCCUCUCCCCCUGUACAGCAGGCCCCGCCCAAAGCACAGCAGGCCCCGCCCACAGCACCGCAGGCCCCGCCCAAAGCACAGCAGGCCCCGCCCACAGCACCGCAGGCCCCGCCCAUGCUGGAUGUUGCUGUGGAGAAGUUCUCUGGUCUGAGGGUCAGGAAGCCGCGUGUGUCUUCAGUUGAAAUGGCACACAAGAUGGCAGACCGCAGGUUGAUCCGACUCUCCCAGUUGCCCGACAGGAUGGCCAGAGAGAGGCUGGAGGAUAGCGACUGGGUUACCUUUGCUGUGGUAGUGAGCAAGGUCACCCCACAGAGUACCAGCAGCGGCAAGACCUUCAGCAUCUGGAAGCUGAAUGACCUCCAUGACCUGGAAGUAUACGUGUCCCUUUUCCUGUUUGGAGAGGUGCAUAAGGAGCACUGGAAGACGCAGCCUGGCACUGUCAUCGGUAUCCUCAACCCCAACCCCAUGAAGGCCAGGGAGGGGUCUGACGGGGUGUGCCUGUCUGUGGACCAUCACAUCCAGAAGAUCCUGCUCAUGGGAGAGGCACAAGACUUCGGCACCUGCAAGGCCAGCAAGAAAAACGGACAGCCAUGCAGCCAGCUGGUUAACCUGUACGAGUGCCAGUACUGCCAGUACCACGUGAAGGCCCAAUACAAGAAGCUGAGUGCCCGGCGGGCGGAGCUGCAGUCCUGCUUCUCGGGGAAGGUUCCGGGGAAAGCACAGGGUGGGCGGGGCAGGGGCGGAGCCAGCCUGAAGGAGCGCCUGUGUCACACUGGCUUCCACUAUGGGGGCGUGUCCUCUGCAGCAUGUGCCACCUCCCUGACUGCCUCCCAGCCGAAGCGCACACAGACCACCCUGAGCAGCCUGGUGCUCAGAGGGGCGGGCCCAACCACCAGCCAGGACAAGAGCGUUGCCCUGCAGGCUGACCAGGUGACGGGCUGCUCUGAUGACUUCAGAAGCCUUUUAUCCUUACCUACCCCUGGAGCCCUGCAGCUGAAGAGACACCUGACCCAGGCCACACCCUCAGGCUCUGCAGGGGGAGGGCUCCAGUCCAUCUCUGCCUCUCAGCUCCUCAAACAGCAGAAACAGCAGAUGCUGCAGUCCAGGAGGAGGCGAGCCGAGGAGAUCCAGAAGAGGUGUGAGUUCAUGCAGAGUGCUGGGAGUGGUGGAACUGGUGCAGAAGGGUCGGGGCUUGGGUCCCUGAAAGGUGCAGCCCCCGCCCUGGGGCGUGGCCUCGCACAGGGAGAGGACAUCCUGUUCUUCGACCACACCCCUCCCCCCGCCUCACACAGCCUCUCCACUGCUAAGCUGGCAGCCUUGAAGAAGCUCCGUCAGAAGGGCGGGGCUAUCAGCAGGGAGGACCCCAACGCCGUGAAACGCAAACGAGCCCGUGGUUCUGUUUGUUCUCCAGACUGA